AAAAGAAAUGACACAAGUAGAAGUUUAGCUCCAUAGUUUAAAACUCAAGCUUCUGCUGCUGUGUAGAAUGUAGAUAUAAAAUAACGGCUCGUUUAUAUAAAUUGUGCAAUAUGUCCCUAAAAGCAUACGAAGAUGCUUGCCUACGGGCGGAAUUGUUUGGUCAACCGAAGCCGGAUAGAGAGGAAUUUUUAGAGAAACACAAAUAUUUGGAUGUCAACGAGUUUGAGGAUGUGGAUAUAAAAAUCUCUGAGAACACAGCAAUAUUAAAUGAUGCCACGAGUGAAGCUAAUGACGGAUUAGGAGAUUUUAAUACACUACUAGCUACUACUCACAGCAAGCUUAACCGUCUUAAGGGUGUCUGCGGAACCGUCACCAACUAUUUUAGGGUUAAAAUGUCGACAAAAGACUUAUCAUAUUCUAGUGAACCAAGCUAUGUCGGUCAAACAAACUUCGACAAAGAUUUUGUGGCAGGAACAAGUUCCGAUUUUUCGACUGUCAACACUGGCUUGGGACCCAGAGACAAUGAAAUGUCAAUGAGCGCGGGAAAGCGACAACAUGGCGGCGACAUUAACACCGCAAUUGAGGAUUUGAAAACAAUGCAAAAGGCUGAAAAUAGUUUUUCAUUUGGAGGGUUAUUGCAAUGAAUAGUAAUCUAAUUAAAUAACAAGUUAAUUUAUUUGUGAUAAAAAAGUUUCGCGGGCAACGAAUACUUUAGAAUAUAUUUGAAGUUGUAAAAUCUGUUACUUAUUAUUAUUAACGACUUUUAUAUUGCUAUAUAAAUU